AUGAGGAAAUUAUCCCACAAAGCAGAUAAUCCUAAUGGAGGGCAGAAUUCAGGACUGAGCAUCUCAGUGAUGCCGCCGGGAACCCAGGCUUCUCUGUCCCUUCACCGGACUAACCGAGUUCGAGACCACACGGGGGUCAGGGCGGCGGCGGCGGCGGCAGCAGCGGCUGCAGGCCCGGCCGAUUGUGAGGAGACAGCGGUGCCUCCUGGGCCGCGCACCCUACCCUUCCCGGGGUCCCGGCUCGCGCCGCGGCCGCGCGAGGCGCGCUCGAGCGGAAGUGGCGGCGAUCCCGCCGGAAGCGCGCGGCUGCGGCGCGGGAAGCAACCCAGAGCCCUCCUCCCACCUGCUCUGUGUAGGAGACAGCCUGCGGAGCCCACUGCCGGCGCGCCGAGAGCCCAGCAGCUCUUGAGUCCGGGAAGCAAGGGUGGGCGGAGGGACGAGCCAGUGGCAAUGACCCAGACCCCGACCCCCAUUGCUGACCCAGCGGAGCUGCUUGGGUCCACGAGGCUGGUCUCAGACCUAUUGGGAGUCCCUCUGCGUCAGCGGAAACCUCCAAGACGAGCCACCGGAUGCCACCGACAGCACGCAGCUGGACCAGCACGGGGGAGGGCCUUCGUGGGUCGAGAGCUCGCUCCAGAGAUAGUUGGUGCUUUUCUUUCAGGAGAAGAAUCCCUGGCGGAGUCUGACCGUUCUCCGGCGCACAGCCCCGGGGGUGGGCACAGCAACCGCCCGUGCUGAAGGGACUGACGCCUCCGGCCAGCAGCCAAGUUAAACGCACUGUUCAGUGAGCAGCUGUGUUGGAGACAGCGCGGUUCACAUUCUUUUCCAACGGAGCCGCUGACUGCGGAGCUGGGAGGGGACGUGACAGAACCCAGCCAUCCAAGGUCCCCCUACCCCUCCCCAGCUGGGACCUCGGGCUGCUUCCGAGCUGCGCUGGGUGGGGUCAAGGAGCCGCCCCUCUGGGCCGCGUCCCUCCCUCACGCCCUGCACCCUGGCCCUGUGUGGCCGGCGGGGCAGCCUAAAAGGGCGGAAGGAUGCAGGGGCGGAGGGGGAUCGGGUUGUACGCCUAGCUCAGACCCCCCAGCCGGGACCCCUCGCGCUGUUGGACACGCCAGCCUCCCGACCCUCCGGCUCCUACGGGAGGUGACAAGGACCCUGCCAACCUGACCUGAAUGGCCCAGUUUGACACAGAUCAGAUUUUCAAUGAAUGAGACCGUGGUGUGGUCUAGGCGGAGGGAUGAGAGGAGGGGACUCUUUUGGGAUAAGUGGAGGGGACUCUUUUGGUAUAAGUGGGGGCGGCGUAAGGAGGGGAUUCUUUUCCUGGGCUGAGGAGAACGCAGGGACAAAGAACACAGGGGUAGUUGAGUGAGCAGGUGAGGGAGGCCCUGGGCUGGUUCCCCACCUUCUCAGGAUCGGAGCCACUUACUUCCUGGUACUCUCUGCAGUCUCCCGGCGUUAAAUAACAUCCCUUUGCUGGAGACUCUGGAUUCACAUCCAUAAUCCCAGCCUCCCCUACUCAUCCCCUCACGCUUCCCGUGAACUAACCUUGAAGGACCCGACCAGAGCCCUGACCUCCGUCCCACACACCUGCUACAUGGAAGGUGUUCUCCACAUCAGUUCAAGGCAGUGUCACCCUUCAGGAUGUUCAGGCUCUAAACCUUGGAGUCCUCCUCCAGAUUUCUCUCUCCUUCUUUCUCCUUGUCUCUCCCUUGCACUUACGGUUCUCUUUUCCUUCGUAGCUUUGUAGCUCAUUCCCCCUUCCACUUUCCACACCACCUUCUGGUCUGUUAAUUAAAUAUUACCUGGUUUCCACUGACACCUUCCCUGGGUUCCCAAUUUAAAAUCACAACAUCAUCCUCCUCCUCUGCUUUUUUUUUCCAAAUUAUAUCCUCACCCAAUUAUGUAUUCUCAUUAAUCUUGCUUAAUUAAUUAGCAGACAUUAUUAAUGCCUGUUUCCCCCGUCACCACCACUAGACUAUGAACUCCUAAGGACUCCUUCCUUCCACCACUGUUGUACCCGCUUCACCUAGAACUGCUUGGCACAUACAAUGUGCUCCAUAAAUAUUUGUUGAAUGAAAGACUAGGCACAACUUAGGAUUCACUCCCUCAUGUGGCAUCCAUAAGCCCUGUAUGCAGGUAAAAUGUCAAUGGGUUGACUAAAUAUUGGAAGUGGAAAAAAAUUCACCUCUUUGGUUUGCAGUUGUCUAGGACCUUUAGGCCAAUGGAAAACCCAGUUUUCCUUAGAAUUAAGCCAGUGCCGCCAGACUUGCCAGUUUACCAUGCUGGUCUGACUGGUCCUCAGCAUGGGUCAUACAUGUCCAAUGAAUUCAAACAAAAUCUUGAGAAGACACAAACCUUGCCCUUCGGCUGGGCGCGGUGGCUCACACCUUCAGAGGCCGAGGCAGGUGGAUCGCGAGGUCAGGAGAUCGAGACCAUCCUGGCUAACAUGGUGAAACCCCGUCUCUACUAAAAAUACAAAAAAUUAGCCGGGCGUGGUGGCGGGCGCCUGUAGUCCCAGCUACUCAGGAGGCUGAGGCAGGAGAAUGGCGUGAACCCGGGAGGUGGAGGUUGCAGUGAGCAGAGACCGCGCCACUGCACUCCAGCCUGGGCGACAGAGCAAGACUCUGUCUCAUUG